AUGCCACUUACUGCUUUUGACGCCUUGGCGGAGCUCGCAUUCCUGCUGCUUGAGGUUCAAGUCUCUAACUCAGGUUCCAAUUUGCUGCAUGCGCCCUGCACCAGGUCAGGGGUCAGUGUAGAAGCCAGGUCAGGGGCCACAGUGGGAGACGUGGGCUCAGGAAAGUCCUACGACAGGAACGACCAGUCCUAUGACAGUAACCUCCACAACUAUGACAGAAUCCACCAGUCCUACGACAGAAACCACCAGUCCUACGACAGAAACCACCAGUCCUACGGCAGUAACCACCAGUCCUACGACAGUAACCUGCACAACUAUGACAGAAUCCACCAGUCCUACGACAGUAACCUCCACAACUAUGACAGAAACCACCAGUCCUACGACAGAAACCACCAGUCCUACGACAGAAUCCACCAGUCCUACGACAGUAACCACCAGCCGUGCGACAGUAACCUCCACAACUAUGACAGAAUCCACCAGUCCUACGACAGAAACCACCAGUCCUACGACAGAAACAACUAUUCCUACGACAGUAACCAACAGUCCUACGACAGCAACCACCAGUCCUACGACAGAAACCACCAGUCGUAA